GAGCUGAGUGUGUGAGUGCGUGUGGGGAGCAGCCUUGGGAGCGAGGGGCUAAGACAGAAGGUGCCCUGGGGCCGCGUUGGGGAAGGCGGGACUUGUCCUCGAGCUAUGAGCAGGGCGACUGGCGGUGGGGCCGUGCCCAGGCUGCGCGGGGGCGAGCUAGCGGCAGAGAGGCCGGGUCGCUGCGUGGGGCCCAGCAGGUCGGGGCGCGGACUUCGGCGCCCGUGGGGGAAGAGAGGGGCUCCAGGGACGUCCCGAGGCCGUGGAGCGAGGCGCCGGGCGAGGUCCUCGGUGUGGGAGACGAGCUGUGUGAGUGCAGAAAGGCUUCACGAUUGUCGGCGGCCAUGGGGGAGAAGACAGGCGGCAGAGACAGCCGAGGCCGCUGGGGCGAACGAGGCUUCGGGGACAUCUGGCACUGCAGGCUCGAUUGAGGCUGCAGGGGACCCUGGGACUGUGUGGGUGAACGGGUCUGUGGGUGAACCCCAGGUGGUGGGGCCUGCCGGGUCUGUGUGGGUGACUGGCACUGGGGAGGAGGAGGAGACAGUUUAUAGGAGUCCUCGGGGCUGUGAGAGAAAAGGUCGUCCGGGAUCUAUGGGGCACGAGAGUAUUCUGGAACUGUGGUUGAAGGUGCAGGCUAUGAGGGCAGCUUCGGGGUGUGCGGAGGGAAGCAGAGUCGAGCUCCAUCCUGUGCCUGCAGGAGAGGGGCCAGUUGAAAGGGGUAUUCCUGGCCGGCCUUCAUGGGUAGAAACCAGCUGUGGUGGUCUCACAGGACCAUGGGUGAAAGGACAGGCUAGGGCAGUCUCCCAGGCCGCGGGAGUAUCUACAGCUGGAGGCGUAGGGGCAGGCUGUGAGAGGACCUCAGGCUUGUGUGGGCAAGGACAGGCUAUGAGGGUGCCUCUUGUGGGUGUGGCUGGGAGUACGGAGACAAGUUCAGGGAUUGCCCCGCACCUGCUGGGGAGAAGAGAAGCUGUGGGGGUGCCUGGGGCUGUGGAGGAGAUAGGCUAUGGGGUUGCCCCAGGCCCUUGGGGAAAAGGACUGACUGUGGGGGUGCCUGGGGCCAUGGAGUGGCCUGAGGCUGUGGAGGUACCCAGAGCUGAAGAGAGAGGGAUAGGCUGUGGGGGUGCUGCAGGUCUGUGGGAGAGAGGGCAGUUGGUGCAGGUGCCUGGGGCUCUGCCUCAAGAGGCAGCCUGUGGGGAUACCCCAGGCUUAUGGGGAAGGGGACAGGUUGCGGGGGUGCCAGAUGCUGUGGAGGAGGAAACUACCUCUGUGGGUGCCUCAGGCAUGUGGCGGGGGAGACAAGCCAUGGAGGAGAUAGGCCCUGGGGGUAUCCUUGGCCUGUGGGGCACCAGACAGCCUGUAGGGUUGCCUUGUGCUAUUGAAGAUGAAACUAGAUGUGGGGGUGACCCAGGAUUCAGGGAAAGGGGACAGGCUGUGUGGGUAGAGACAGGUUCUGGAGGUGACCCAGGGCCAUGGGAAGCUUCACAGACUGCAGAGGUAUCUGGUUCUGAUGAUCAGGAGGCAGGUCCUGGGAGUGCUCCAGGCCUGUGGAGUACAGAACAGGCUAUGGGAGUACCUAGGGCUUUAGGGAAGGAGACAGGCUGUGGGAGUGUCCCGGGUCUGUGGAGAAGAGACCAGCCUGUGGGGCUGUCCCAGGCUGUGGUGGUACCGGGAGCCGUGGGAGAACAGAACAGCCUGGGUGGUGUCCCAGGCCUGUGGGAUAGGCAGCAGGCUCUGGCUGAGGCAGUGCCGGGGGUUGCUGGGGAGGAAACAUACUGUGGGCAUGUCCUGAGUCUGUGGGAAAGGAGGCAGGCUAUGGGGGAGCAAGGGGCUCUGGUGCCUACAGCUUUAGGAGUACCUGGGUCUGUGGAUCAAGAGACUGGCUGUGGGGAUGUUUCAUGUCUGUGCAGGAGAAGACAGGCUGUGGGGUUGUCUGAGACAGUGGGGCUGCCUGAGGCAGCAGGUGUGCCCAAGCACAGGUGUGCCCCAGCAGGGGUCCCCACAGCUAUGGGUGUGCCCAGGUCUGGAAGAGUGCCUGCCAGGGCACCUGCUGCUGUGUGGGUGUCUGGCCCUGUGUGUCAGGAAGGCAGCUCCAGAGAUGUCUCGAACCUGUGGGAGAGGAUUCGUACUGUUGGAGAACCCGUGGCUCCAGGAGUGCCCCUGGCUCCUGAGGAGCUGUGGUCUGUGGGAGAGGAGACUGGUUCUGUGGCUUUCCCAGGAUCAUGGGGAAGGAGACAGGCUAUCGGAGUUCCCGUGACUGACAGGGUUUCCGUGGCUCUUGAGGUACCUGAGCCUGUGGGGGAGGAGACUGGCUCUGGGGGUGUCCUAAGAUCUUGGGGAAGGAGACAGAGUGCGGGGGUUCCUAUGGCUGCUGAGGUGCCCACAGCUCCUAGCGUGCCUGGUCGUCUGGGGGUGGAGACUGGCUCUGGGGGGUUCUCACGCUUGCCAGGAAGGAGACAGACUGCAGGACUACCUGUGACUGCGGGGGGGUCCACAGCUGGCAGGGAGCCGGUGGCUCUCGGGGAGUCUAGGCCUGUACGGGAGGAGACUGGUUCUAGAGGUGUCUCAGGUUUGUGGGGAGAGAGAGAGACAGUGCGAGGACCGGCAGAUGCCAAGGGUUCCACAAGGAUGGGGGUGCCCACCAUGGCCAGGAUGCCUGGGCCCCUGGGGGAAAAGAUGGGCCUUGGGGGUGUCUCAGGCUUGUCUUCAGGGAGACAGACUACAGGGGUAUCCAUGGCUGUGGGGCUGUGCACAGCCACGGGGGUGCCUGGGCCAAGGGGAGAGGAGAUACUCUCUGGGGGUCUCUCAGGCUUAUCGAGAAGAAAACAAAUUGCUGAGAUGCCCGUGGCUGCUAGUGUUUCCAUGGCUGUGGGAGUGCCCGCAGCUGCUGGGGUCCCUGGGCCCAUGGUGGGCAAUGCUAGUUCUGGGGAUGUCUCAGGUGUAUGGGGAAGGAGACCAGCUCCUGAGCUGUCCGCUGCUGCCCGGGCUCCAGGACCUGUGGAUGGGGAGAUUGGCUCUGAAGGUGUCUCAGGCCUGCAGAGAGGGAGACCCAAUGGAACAGUCCCUGAGGCUGUAAGGGUACCUCUGGCUUUGGGGGUGCUUGCAGCCGUAGGAGUUCCCAUGGCAGGGCGUGUGCCUGCUGCAGUGUGGGUGACUGGGUCUGCAGGAGAAGAAAUGAAUGCGGCUGUCUCAGGCCUCACAGUAGUGAGGAGUCAGUCCACAGAGGGACCUGGGGCUUCAGUGGAGGAGACAGGAGGUAGAAGUACCCUGGGGAGGAGCCAGGCGGUGGGCGUGUCUUAUACCUCUGGGCAGGGGACGAGGUUGUGGAGCUGCCCAAGGUCUGUGGGAGACGAAACAGACUAUGAGAAUGUGCCAGAAGUGUCAGGGGCAAGAACGACUAGGGGGGUGAAUGAAGCUGUGGAAGUGCCCCCAGUUUCGAGGGAGGAAACAGGCAUUGGCCAUUUCAGAGAUCGCUCACAGCAGAGUGGGAGGAGACAGAGCGAAGGAGCAUCUGGAGUCGGAGCCAGGGGGAGCAAUUUGGGAGAAAAUUACGUGGGGGAGGACAGAUUGAGGGGAAUGUUCCAGUAGUAUGUGUAGGGAACAAGU